UUUCCUGAGUUGAGGAGGAUGAAGUGAGAGGUGGAGGCCAGCAGCUGUAUGAGUGAGUAAGAACAGGAGGAAGGAAAGGGCUGAUGGUGUGUGAACUGAGAGAGAAUGAUACCUUAAACUUUAGCUUCUUUGAUUGUCUCCUUAAUGGUCAGGAGUCUUUUUAAAACCAACACACACUCUUUGGUGUGGAUGUAGUUGUUUGUUUAGUUAGACUAAAGUUGAUGAUUUUAAUUAUCAUUUUGUACAAUGUUUGAUACAGAAAAAUACACCAUUAUUUUUCUUCUAUUUCAAAAGAGGACAGUUUUGAAGACAUUUAAAAUUUAAAGUUAAACUGUUCAGUAUCUCGGUCUUUAAGCUCAUUUUUGGAGAUGUUUUUUUAGCCACUAGACAUUAGAUUAGUUCCAUCAUUAUGCUGCUGGCUCUGCUUCUGCUGAGUCUUUGCUCUGACGCUCACUCCACUGAGCCGUCAUCGAUAACUAUCCAGUACCGGGUUUGGGAGGAGCAGCCACCGGGAACCCAUGUUGGCUGUCUGCUGGACGACCUCCGGCAGAGGGACGAAGGUGGCCCUCUAGAGGAUUUCCAGGUGGUGGAGCACGGAAAAGCCCUUCCCCUAUCUAUCAGCACACGAGAUGGGGUUGUCUCCACCCAAGGCCGACUGGACAGGGAGGAGCUGUGCAGGGGGUCAGACCUGUGCGAGAUGGCCUUUAGUGUCCUCUACAGGAAAAGUGGUGCUAUGAACUGCCUGCGGGUUCGUGUGGAGGUGAUGGACCAGAAUGACCACAGUCCCACCUUCCCGAGUCAGCUGCAGGAAGUGGAGAUCUCAGAGACAGCCAGCCUUAGGAUGCGAAUCCCAUUGGACAGGGCGGUGGAUCCUGACGCAGGACCCAACAGCCUCCAGACGUACUCACUGUCUGUCAACCAACACUUUGCUCUGGAUGUAACUGUUGCUCCAGGUGGGACAAAACAGGCGGAGCUAGUGGUGAUCAAAGAACUGGACAGGGAGGUUCAGGCCUCAUUUGACCUCACUCUGGUUGCUUGGGAUAAAGGGAACCCGCCCAGGUCGGGGAGCACAUUAGUCCGUGUUAAUAUUCAGGACUCAAAUGAUAACAGCCCAACGUUUGAGGACAGCACCCCCACUGUGGAGCUACCUGAGGAUACAGCCCGUGGAACAACCAUCAUCAAUCUCAAGGCCACUGACCCAGACCAGGGAGCCAAUGGGGAGGUGGAGUAUUCACUCAGCAAGCACACACGCCCCGAGGUUCAGAGGUUAUUCUAUGUGGAUCCCCAAACUGGAGCUGUUAGUAUCGCAGCACCUCUGGACUAUGAGGCCCAUCCCUCUUAUGAAGUAGUCAUACAGGCUCGUGAUCGUGGGCCCAAUGCGAUCCCCGCACACUGUAAACUGCACGUCAAGCUGAGAGAUGUAAAUGAUAAUGCACCGAGGAUCCACAUGACCUGGACACCACCAAACUCACCUGUGGCGACUGUGCUGGAAGGGGCACAGGAGGACACUUUCCUUGCUCUGGUGAUGGUCUCUGAUGCAGACUCAGGAGCAAAUGGCAAAGUGAGAGCGUACAUUCAGGAAGGAUCCGGCCCUUUCCGCCUAAAACGCAUACACGGAGACAAUUACAUGAUUGUUACCAAUGGCAGCCUGGAUCGAGAGAAGGUAAUGCAGUACAACAUCACACUCCUCGCCCAAGACUAUGGAGACCCCCCUCUCUCUUGUGUUAAACACCUGCCUGUCCGUGUUCUGGAUGAGAACGACAACGCCCCAUUGUUCUCGACGUCCCUUUAUAAGGCUUCCUUGGAGGAGAACAACAUGGCAGGCUUCCACGCUCUCAAAGUUGAAGCCCACGAUGUUGACCUGGAGCUCAGUGGAAGAGUGUCCUACUACUUACACAACUCCAAUGAAGUGGACUCUAACUCACAGUCUUUCACAAUCCAUCCAACUAGUGGUGUCAUAAGCGUCCAGCGUCCUCUAGACUACGAGGAAUCCCGCACCUACUCUUUUAUUGUUGAGGCUGUUGAUCAGGGUUAUCCACCUCUCACAAGCACUGCCAAUGUUCAAAUCGACAUCCAGGAUGUGAACGACAACUACCCAGUCAUCACAGAGCCGAAACCUAGAAAGGGUGUGGCUUCUCUAAGUGUACCUGUCAACGCAAACAAGGGGGAAAUUGUGACUGAGCUGGGGAAUGACUUGGAAGAGGCAUCCACCAGUUUGCCAAUCGAUCAUGCAGUAAGAGAUGCAGUUGGAUUCCUAGCAUCGACUAUAAAGGCAGAAGACUCCGAUUCAGGGCUAAAUGGACAAAUCAGCUACCUCAUAACUGAUGGAAACCCGUACGGACUGUUUCUGCUGGAUCAGGCUACAGGCCAGCUAUUUGUUAAUACCACAAAUGCCACUGAGCUCAUUGGGAAAACCUUUAAGGUGAACAUUGCUGUGUCUGACAUGGGCAGUCCAAGCCUAACCACCAAGGCGACUCUGGAGGUAACCUUCAUCAACCUCAAGGACCAUCUGAAGAACUCGUCACCUGGUAACCGCGGCGAGCUCAGCUUCACCAUGAUGAUGGCGAUCUGCCUGGGUGCUACUUGCCUGCUGCUCCUGUUGGCCAUCGCUUUGGUGACAACCUUCUGCCGACCAGAGAAACGUGACAACCGAGCUUACAACUGCAGAGAGGCGGAAUCAACCUACACUCGCCACCCACGGCGUCCACAGAAGAACAUUAGGAAGUCUGACAUCCAGUUAAUUCCUGUGAUUAGAGGCCGAAAGGAGGAGCCUCCAGAGGAUGAUAGUGAAGCCCAGCCACUGGCUUCGACUCCAAUGAUGCAAGAGGAACAACAAACUGAGAGGCAGUAUACCUUAACGUCAGCAGCUAUGAACACAAGCUUCCAUUCCCAAGGCUACCAAGAUGGGGAUGCCAUUCAACCUGUCACCAACCACUGCAGAACUCUUCGGAAACCUGGAAACAUUGAACUGGAUGGUAGUUUGCCUCUAACACCUGCCACCUCAUACCACACUCUUCGGAAACCUAGGAACCCUUCAUCGUCCUCUUCAGUCUCACAUUCCAGCACCCUGAAACGCAAGAUUCUUGCUGGAGGCCAAGAGGUGGAACCAUUGAGUUCAGAACCUCAAGCAACCCUCAGGAGGCCGAAAACAUCAGAGGGACGAGGGGGUCGUGAUGCAGAACAACGGCAGAUUCUUCGAAACCUGGUUCGUCUGUCAAUGGCUGCGUUUGGAGACUCCAUUGAGCUUUCAUCAGCUUCCCCAGAAGUGCAGCAGAUCUCCCAGCUCCUCUCUCUCCUCCACCAGGGUCAGCUGCAGCCGAGGCCAAACUUCAGAGGGAACAAAUACUCUCAUCGUAACGGCAGAUAUGGUCAGGACUGCUCUGAUUGGCAGAGCACCAAAGACAGCGGACACGGUGAGAGUGAGGCUGGAGAUGUCGACUGGGAACCAGGAAGAGAGUCUCCAAUAGACCCCCAGCUGGAGGAAGGGUUUAAAAACCUGUUCAACAGCCCAGAUGACGUCUUCUCCGAUCUCAACGAUCCAGCCUGGAUGGCCAGACUCUCUCUUCCCCUCGCCGCCGAUUAUCACGACAAUGUUUUUGUCCCUAAUGGGCCUCCGUCCCCUGAAAGUGAGCUCCUUCCCCGGGAUGGCCUGGACAGCUCGUCCUUCUCCACCUUCGGUAAAACUCCAGAGAAGGACGGCCCACUGGGCGGGGCCCUCCUGUCUGAGGUCAGCACGUUGUUUGAGAUGCUGAUGACUCAGAAGGCCGACACCCACCCCGGCCCGCGACCGGACGUCCUGUACCGGCUCUCUGCAGCGUACCGGCGCUCGCUGGGCCUUGACGGCACCGCCACGACUGCAGCAGGAAACGCCGCAAAGAACUCGGGGAACUCGGAGAAGAGGUCGGGCCUGGCUCCAGCCUCUGGACUUUAUCAAUGAGUCGUUAAAUGUGUUCAUUAAACACUGGAAGAGACUGAAGAUGCUCAGUGCGGAAAUUAAGAGGAAGAAAGUGUUGGAGAAGUGGGUUUGGAUUUUUGAGGCAUUAUGUGAUAAAAUACUUUAAAAUGAUUGAAAUGACUUCAACUGUAAACACCACUGCUAUGAUAAAUCUGAAUAUAAAUAUAAGGAGGAGGGGCUUUUAAUACUCCUGUGCCUUUAAGAAAACUGAAGGCCUCACAGAAGACACAUCCAGUUCCUACAUGAAGCUAGUUCUUUUUUCUUCUGUCAACAUGAAUUACACUUCUCAGGUCUUUUCUAGUCCAUGUCCUGUUCACACAAAGAGAUUCACACCAGAUUGAAUAUCCGGCAUCACACACUCAAGGGGAAACUUAAGAGAUGUCGUCCUCUCGCUAUAUAUGGCCCCCAUCUACGCUCAAACGUGCACACUACAUGAUUUGAUCAAGAAGGUUAAUGUCACACUGCAGGGUAGGAUUGAGAUUGUUCAGCCAUAAAUAACCUAGUAGUAUUAAUAAAGUGUGUGCCGGCCUCAUGUAGAGGUUAUGGUACUGCAGUUUCAACUUCAUGCAAAUGUUCUGGGCUAAACUUGGGACAGACAACCAAUAGAGCUGAUUUGAGCUAUAUAGAGUUGUUUUUUACUCCAAUUAGUCUCCUACAUAUUUGUUUUUAUUGCAAUCAUUAUCCUCCUGAUUAUCUGCAGUAAAACCUAAAUAAGCUACCCACAUAUAUGUUUUAAAUAUAAUUGUGAACUACUGAUUUGGGAUGUCAUAUGAAGCUUUGCAUCAAUUGUCACAACUUAAAAAAAUAUAAAUAUAUCAGUUCACAUUUAUUCUGACUGUGUUGGACAGAACAAACAAAAUGCUGAUAAAAUUCAAGCUUAAAAGUGUGAUUCUUACGUUUUAAUAAGCGGAGGGGAU